AUGAGCUCUUCUUCUCCAUCCGGCCGCCUCUGGGAGCCCAGCCACGGGAUUCGAUUUGCCCCCAGGCAGGAUGCCGUGCUCUAUCCCGUGCUUGACAUGUCUCGGUUUUACACCUCGGGCGCAUUUGCAGAGCCUGAGCCUGGCCCCGUCGAUAACCUCGCGCUGGCUCCGGAUCUUGACCUGAUCUCUCCAUGUUCUCCAGGCCCCAGCCACGGGCUCGACUAUGACUCGGGGUCGGGGCUGGAGGAAGGCAUGGAGGAGGAUGAAACAGCUCUGAAGGUUCCCUUUACGUCACUAGAGUACAACAUCUCCGAAAAGCUCUUCAGGGAAGCCAAGAUGGCGAAGGAGGGCACCCCUGGGUCGUUCUGGUCGUACACCAUGUAUCGGGGCCCGUUAGUAGAUGGGAUUGAGAAGAGGGUCAAGGUUCACUACUGCAAGACCAAGCACUCGACGGAGAGAGCUUGUCAGUAUUUUCUCAACGAGCCAGUGAUUGGGUUUGAUAUGGAGUGGGAGGCAAUGGCCACCGCAGGCGAAGGGCCUAAACCGAACGUCUCCCUCAUUCAGAUUGCGAGCCCGAGCCGCAUCGCCCUGUUUCACGUCGCUCAGUUCCCCGCGAGGGAUGCCAUGCUGGCGCCCUCUUUCAAGAAGCUGAUGGAAGACCCCGAGGUCACCAAAGUUGGCGUUGCCAUCAAGGGUGAUGCCUCACGGCUGUUCAAAUUCCUCAAGGUUGAGUCAAAGGGCCUCUUCGAGCUCAGCCAUCUAUAUCGGCUUGUCAAGUACAGCAACUUGGGCAUGCCGAAAAUGGUGAACAAGAAACUCGUCCCGCUGGCGACGCAGGUGGAGGAGUACCUCGGCCUUCCCUUGUUCAAAGGCCAGGACGUGCGGUCUAGUCAUUGGUCCAGGCCGUUGAACAUGUCCCAGAUCCUAUCUAGCCGCAACGGGGAGCUGACGAGCACAAAUCUAGACUCGGCGUCGGACGCCUACGUAGGCCUCCAGCUGUAUCACGUUCUCGAAAAAGAGCGCAUGGCCCUUGACCCAUGCCCUCCGCGCCCGUUCCACGCGGACCUUGACCUCCCUAUCCGGCUGAGCUUCAACGUAACAGCUCCCGCACCUGCCGCGGAAAGCGCUUCAGUUGCAGCCAAUGAUCUCGCUGCCAUCCCCAGCGACGCCUCUCCCGAUGCUGUCUCUCCCGGAGCUGUCUCCCCUGGUACCACUUCUCCUAAUGAUGACCGCAUCCUUGCUGCCGAGACUUGGGCAGCAGAGUAUCGUGCGGGAAAGACCACUGUGACUGCUACGCAUGCCAAGCUUCGAGCAUUCCAUAUCUGGAGGGAGAAUCCAGACUUGACUCUUGACGCUAUUGCCGCUAUCCUCCGCGACCCACCACUGCUCGUCACGACGGUGGCUGGGUACAUUUUGCAAUCGAUCGUGCUGGAAGAUCUCCAGUAUGACAAGGCGCGUCUUGGUACCGAAGUGCUCUCUCAUAUCUCGAAAGAUGUCAUUAAGCAGAAACGAUAUAAGCACUUGUCUGAGGCCAUAGACAUUCCUGGUUCAGGCAAUGCCCCUGAGAAGAAUGCACCUUCAUUAGGCAAAAUGACGACCCCUCUGGACGAGGACCGAAUCCCGGGCCCCGUCCUACCCACUGCCGCCAUGAUAGGUGGUGCCGAAGCCACGACCACUACGUCUACUGAGCCGGUUGCGUCGCACCAGCCUACGAGUCGACCUGGGCAAAUGUCGCACCAGCGAACGCGAAGCAAGGACGUCCUAACGGCCUUCGCCAACCUAUCUGUCGCACCGGCCGUACCGGUCGACUGCGCCCUCCGAGAGCAGCAACAAAAACCCCGGCACAGGACCGGGCUACUACCGAAGGAAGCAUCUCGCUUUAGCCUGACGCGAUCGCUCUCCCUUGGGCGUGGGCCAAAGGCGUCGCCCCUCAAGCAGUCAGGCACGGAGGCUACGGAGCCGAGGCGAUCUCUCCUCUUUAGGACGUGGACUGGGACGCCCCCGCCUGGCCCGGCCAAGGCCGCGUCAGUUCGGGAGCGGAACCCGCUAGAGGUCACUGCGGAGAAGGAUGCGCAGAUUGGAGGUACGCUCUCCAAGACGCACAUUUGUCUCUGGGCGGGACCCUGGCGUCGUAAACCGUCGGGCGAGUUUGUCUGUCCAUGCGGUGACCAUGAGGUGCGUAGCGACGAGGCAUCACUCUUCGCAGUGGACGAGGCCGGCAAUGUCGAUGGGUCACAGGUGGGCGGAGCGCGCAAGGAGCGCAAGGAGCGCAAGUAA